AUGGGCAACACCCUGAUCACAGAUUGGCAAUCCCAGAUGCAGGCAGCUGAAUCCGAAAUAGUUGAGUGGGAGAAUAAAAAGAAGCCUGUUGAUGCAUUGAGGGACAUCAUGAAAAAGGUUAACGAUUGUAUUGCUGAUUUAAACCAAAGAAUAGAUGAAAUUGACGGUGCAGAUGCCUCCGUAUCUAUACAAGUAGUAGGCAGAGUUGAGGUGUCUUUUACUCGCUUAGAAGCCAUAGCAAACUCUGGCUACACAAUAGCUGAUGAUUGGGGGAAAGAUAUGAAGAAGGCUCAGAAGUUGAUAGCUGAACGCACAGAGUGUAAAAAGCAGGCCGAGAAGGGUAUAGCUUACUGGACGGACAAGUUAACCACAAUUCAAGCUGUUGCAACACUUUCAGAAGAUCAACCCACAAUCGGUGAACAAGAGAAACAAAUUUUGAGUAAAUUCAGAGACAUUCAAAGAAAGGCAGUGGCAAGGUAUGAGGAAAUUUCCAAACGCAGUACACGGAAGGAAUAUAAAUGA